AAAAUAUCGCCAUAAUAGGAUCUCAUUUUUAUCUAUGGUGUUUAUAGCAAUAGGCACCCCAUGAACUUGACAAUGACAAGUAACACUGACAGAUGACAACUAAAUGUCAGUAUUGUCAAGACAACAGGUACAGGCAGGUCAUAUCAAUAAUAUUGGUAUUUGAUUUCAAAUUAAAAAUAGCAAUUCGAUCGAUAUAUUAAAUAUAAUUCUGGUCCUCAUAAACUGCUAUAGUUAUGAUACGUCUCCUAUAGACGGCAAAGUCAAGCGCUUUUCGGAAUAUAUUGUUUUAUAAAUUAUUGUAAUUAUGGCAAACGCUGUAGCUAAUGUUCAGAAGAAAACAGUCGGCUCCAACAACACAGGGGGCGUGCGCAAGAAGUCGGGACCUAAGUUUGAGUUAUCAGAUGAACAGAGAAAAGAUAUCAAGGAAGCAUUUGAUCUUUUUGAUACAGAAAAUACAGGGAAAAUAGAUACAAAAGAAUUAAAAGUAGCUAUUCGAGCUUUAGGCUUUGAACCUAAGAAAGAAGAAAUUAAAAAGAUGAUUGCAGAAAUAGAUAAAGGUGACGGAAAAGUAUCAUUUGAAGAUUUCCAAGAGUUGAUGACUGUCAAGAUGGCAGAAAAAGAUACUAAAGAAGAAAUAAUGAAAGCAUUUAAACUGUUUGAUGAUGAUGAGACAGGUAAGAUCUCAUUUAAGAAUCUCAAGAGAGUGGCUAAGGAGCUCGGCGAAAACCUGACAGAUGAGGAACUGCACGAGAUGAUCGAUGAAGCGGACAGAGAUGGCGACGGAGAAAUAAAUCAAGAGGAGUUUUUGCGCAUAAUGAAGAAAACAAGUCUCUAUUAGAAUUUACCGAAGUCUAUGCAACUACGUGGUAGAUAUGUUCAAAAUAUGUUUGACUGCAACAAAUUACUCAAGUCAUUUACAUAAUGCAAUUAUUUUAAAUUUACAAUAGACUUAUCUUCUUAAAAUGUGUCUAUCAAAAUUUCCACAGGGUAUCCAGUUUUUAUUUAGCCAGUAUUAUGAAUAAUUUCAUCUACGCUACCCACAAAUAUUAUUAUCUAUCUUUUUGAAUUGGAGACAUAGUUGCCAAUUAAAUAAAAAAAAAUAUAUCUUGAUGUUAUCUAGAUAGGCAUAAAUAUACUAAUAGUUCCUUUUAUCACCCCAAUAAUUAUUUUUUGGGAAAAAUAAGAGUAUAAUCUCACUUUUUGUCACAGAUUAGAAUUAUAAACAAGCCACUUAUAUUUUAUUAAGGCAUGAUUUUAAAUGUCUAUGUACCUAUAAUUUUUUUAUUGUAACUGGUAGUUUAUAAUAUAAAACUACCAGUUUUCAAUCUACAUAUAAACUUUAUAUGUAGAUUGAAAACUCACAAAAAUUUAAAUUUAAAAUAGUAACUAAUGCUGAGCAUAAAUUAUGUAUUUAAAAGCCUGUUUUACAAUAUCUUAUUUAAGUUUUCGAUUGAUCUAACUGUUGGAUAAAAUUUUACAGAUCUUACAGAAUAUAUCAGUGACUUAGCAGAUAUUCUGAUCAGGCUUCGUAUUAUUUCUUGAUGGAUUACGCUUUAUCACUAUACAUUAUCUUGUCUAAAUAUAAGUUUACCACUAAGUGUGACCAAUGUUGCUUUAGAAUAUGUUUCCGGUUAUUUUUUAGUGGAUGCAAUGAAAAAUUGUUAGUUGAUAGUUCACAUUAGUUUUAGUUUAGUGUGUUUCACACAUAAUUCAAUAGUUUAUUUGGUUACAAGAUUUGCACAAAUUGAGUGGUUUUUAAAUUGUUUGUUUUUGUAAGUAAGGUUUUAAUUAGGUCUUACUGUUGUUCAAUCUAAAGAUUUAUAACUUUCUGAUGUCUUAUUGGCAGCAUUUUAAAUGUGUUCAGUGCAUGGCUAUACCAACUAAAUAAGUCUAUUAGAAUCCUAAAAGGUUCUGUUACAUGAUUAAAUAAAAUAAUUUUGCUACAACACAAAAUGCAAUUGAUUAUAUUUAUUCAAAAAAGGCAAACAUACAUUCCAAAUAUGUGUAUUAAACAUGUUCAAUACAGGUAAACCCUAAUUCUAUAAUAAGUAAAGAUCUGAAUCCAAGAUCUGGUUGCUUAGCACAGUGUAUAUGGUUUUAUUGUCUAAGGAAACAAUUUCUCUUAGUUUGUAAGGUUUAAAUUACAUUAAGCUUAAGGCCUAAUACAUACAUAUUUUCUCAAUAAUCAAUGUCCUACCUCUAAAAUUGAUUUCUUUAUCAACUUUAUGUACCUAAUUUUUAUUUGCCAAAGUGUAAUUGUAUCUUUAUUUGAAGUGUUUCUCAUUUGAUUAAAUCAAAGAAGUACAGUAGUUGUUUUAAUUAUAGUAUUUGCAUUUCCUAAUGUUUUUUUUUGCAAUUUUUUUUUUAUGUAGCAUUUCUUGUUUGAUUUUUCUAUUCUUAUCGUAACUUGUAUGUAAAUAUUUUUUUAAAGAUGUUACAGUUCAUUUAGCAAUAAUAUGUUUUAUAGCUACCUACAGUAUAUUUUUAUGAAAACAUAAGUUUUGUUUUAAGUACUAAACAUUCAUUUUGGAGAAAAAUGCAUUCUACUGUAAAAGUUUAGUACUAUUCUGAGAUUCCCAACAAUUAUGUUUUGUUUUUCAUUGGAUGCUGGCUUAAAUCAGUGGAACAAAAUUCUUAUCAAAUUAUUACUAACCAACCAUGAGGCAUUUGAUUGUGAAAUAACAAGUUCAUUUUUUUUACUGAUAAACAAGUCUUUGGCCCUGAUAAACUCUAUUUCAUCAUUUAGGUACAUCAUCUUAUGUUAUAUCACAGUCCAAUAGGUUCAUUUAUAAAUUUUGAUAUGGAAAUACUUAGUACUACUGAUAGUCUUUUUUUAUAACAAAAAUAAGAAUAUGAAAGCUUUUCUCUAUUCUCUAGUCAUCAUGCUAGAAUAGAUAUUAAUUUCUUUGUAUACAAUGCAAACAUUUCAAUCCCACAUAACUUUUUAGGAAUAUAAGGUUCCGUUUUAAAAAAUAAUUAAUAAGGUUGUUCUUAAAACUAUUACAUAGAAGAAAAGCUGACCUUAUCAUGUAUUUGAUAUAAUGCUUAUAGAAUAUAUACUUACAAAAAAAAUAUAUUUCACUUUAGUGCUGAUCGCCAUGGUACCCAAAACCAACUGAUUUAAUAUACAGUAUUCAUUAUAGGUGCAAAAUCAAACGAGAGCCAGUUCUAGUCAUCUACCUACUAUAUUUCUUUAGUCUACUGUGAAAAAACAGUUAAUGAAUCUGUAGCUAUAUAAAUUUGGGUGACAUUUUUGGCUCUAUGUUUUGUUUGGUGUUCAUAGAAUUACAAUUUCAAAGUUUUAUAUACAACUUUAGAAAAUUUAGCUAAAUGAACAGCUUAUAUAGUUUUUUGGCUAAAUAAAGAUACUGUACAAGCUACAAUGCCAGACUAUUUCCAAUAAAUAUCAGAAUGUUAGAGCCAACAAGGAUGUGGAUGCUAGGUGGCGCUGAACUACAGCACAGUGCCAAUUCCAAACCGCUCUAUUACGUUACCUUCAGGCUGCCCAAAGUAAGCUUUUCACACAUACGUACAAACAAACCUGUUUCAACCACACCAGGGAUCAUUUUUAAAUGGUUAUCGACUUUGUCCCAUCUCAAGUCCUGGUCGGUGAAUAUCCAGUCAAGGAUGAAGUUACCAUUGUCAGUCACCACAGGUCCAGCCUUAGCAACAGCUUUGCGUAACUUUACUUCUCCACCAUAUAGGGCCUGUAUCUUAUUUUGAACAGGAACAUAUGCCAUUGGUACAACUUCUAUUGGAAUACCUUUUUUGUAUCGAUCACCUAAUUUCACGGAAUCUUUAGUGUAGUCGGCUAUAACGACAAAUUUCUUAGAGCAAGAGGCUACUAUCUUCUCUUGUAAUAAGCAACCACCACCACCCUUGAUUAGCGUCAUCUCGGCGUCUACUUCGUCCGCCCCAUCGAUAGUGACAUCAAUUACCGGAUGAGUUUCCAACUCGCCCAAUGUAAGCUUAUGUUUGAUGAUCAGCUGUUUAGAUUGAAACGAUGUGGGAAUGCAGGUCACCUUCAACUUUUCAGUCUCCACACGUUCAGCGAGCCGUUGCACCGCAUAAACAACUGUAGAUCCACUACCGACACCAAAAAUACAAUCUUUCUUUAUAUACUCAUCAACUGCCCGGCGUGCGGCGAAUUGUUUUGCUUCUUCUAAAGACAUUUUAGCGUUACUAUUACACUGGCUAUACUUUCUGAUAGCACCACUGUGUUUCAAUAUCGCAGUUGCAUAGACUUUAAGCAACAUGCAUCAGUGUUAUUCUUAGAUUAAUGUAAUAAAAUGUAUUAUUAUAACUACGUAUACCGCGCGGUUACAACACGUGCGACAACGGCUUUCCUUGCCUUAUUGCCUUGCACAUUUGAUUGAGAUG